AUGAUUAGGUUUGCUUUACAAUCGGAAACGUUUCGAUUAGUGAGUUCAUGCACAACAGUGAAGGAGAUAUGUGAUAGGUUGAAGGAACUAUAUUCCACAGAUGAAGAUCUUGAGCAUUCCAUCCAAACUUUAUUGCACUCGGAAUUUGGUGACUUUAAGAAGAAGCCUGAAGAAAAGCUUAUUCAAGCUUUUGAUCGCUUUAAUCAUCUCCUAAAUAGAAUGAUAAAGAAUGGGAUAGAAAGGAAUGUCAUUGAACAAAAGGUCACAUUUAUGAAUGGCCUUAGAACUGAAUGGAUGGCUAUGGUGUCCACUGUGAAGGCACACGAACAAUUCAAGGCUUACUCUCUUGCAAAGUUAGUGGGAAUAUCAAAGUCACAUGAGAGUGCAGUAUCUAAUGAAACGAACGUGGUUUCUAGCAUGGGGUCAUUAGCUCUAAUCUUGAAAGGAAAGAAUGCUGCUGAAGAAGAAGAAGAUUUAGAUCUUUCUGAGUAUGAUCUAACAAGUGAAGAUUUUACAUUGAUGGGAAGCUACAGUGUUGAGAAGGUGAAGGAGAAACCGAAAAAUGUUCCUCAGUCUGAAGAACCAAAGAAGGAAACAAAAUUUGGUGGUGACUCAGGCUUUAACUGUCACUAUUGUGGAGGCAAAAGUCAAUUUGCCAAAGAUUGCAUGUUAAGAAAGAAGUCUGUAAAGAAUGACGAUGAUGACGAGGAAGCGAGCCUCUUACAUCGAUUGGAUGAAAUCAAGAAAAAGAAAGUUGGAUCUCAUAACACAAUGAAUGCUUUAAUUGUGCAGGGAAAUACUGUUGAUGAUGAAUUUGGCAGUGUUGAAAUUUGGUCGACUGAUUCUGAAGAGGAGGAUGUACAACCAACUUUAAAUCAAGUUCACACAGUUCAAGGAGUUACACAGCUACAAACAGCUGAACUAACGACAUUAGUAAAAGAAGAUAAUGCUGAUGGCUGCGAUGAGUUUUUCAGGUCAGCACCGAUAGAUAAUGCUGAUGAAACAGAAGGUCCGUCUCAGAAAACAUCAUGGAGAGUGAAAGGGAGGUAUGUGGCAGAACCACUUAAUGAUCCUACUCGAUUUGAUGUACCGAGUACAAGAGGUACUAAAAUUGACUCAGACGAACCAGUCAAGAUGUCAAGCAAAACCUCUUCUCUAAAGAGUGGAAGUCAUGCUCAAGUGAUGCGUGACGAGCAGUUCGAUGAUGAAUGGUAUAUAUACAAUGGCUGCUUGCCUCACAUAACAGGAAGAAAGGAGGAACUGAUGGAAUUUCAGUCACUUCAAGAUGGUGGAUGUGUCAAGUAUGGUAAUAAUUCUUUCGGCACAAUCAAAGGCUAUGACAUGAUUACCAAUGGUGAUUUUUCAAUACGAAAAGUGGCAUACGUUGAAGGUCUACAAACGCAACCUCAUCAGUGUUUCUCAACUGGUGGUCAGCACUGGAUUAAAGGUUUCGUUCAAUGA